AUGCGCCGGGUCGUAGUCACAGGAUUGGGCGCAGUCUCUCCACUCGGAAUCGGUGUACGACGAACAUGGACACGCCUUUUAGAUGGUCACUGUGGUGUCGUCUCGGUCAAGAACCGGGGUCCCGGGUAUGCAGAUCUACCCUGCCAGAUUGCUGCGCUGGUUCCUCAAGGUUCGAAGAAUGAUGGUGGCUGGAGAGGAUCGGAUUGGUUAAGUCGUGAGGUGUGUUCUGGCUCCAUACCACAGAGCACGAAACAUGUUACUGACGUUUCUUCACUACAGGCAGAAAGGAAGACCGCAAAUUUUACGCAAUAUGCCCUUGCAGCCACUGAGGAGGCUCUGGAGGAUGCCGGCUGGAAGCCUACUAAUCGUGAACAGCAGGAAAUGACGGGCGUAUGUUUAGGUUCUGGCAUUGGCAACUUCGAUGAGAUUUACGAUACCUCUCUCGUUUAUGAUAAAGGGGGCUACAAAAAGAUCUCCCCCCUCUUCGUUCCUAAGCUCCUUAUUAAUCUGGGUGCAGGGCAUAUCUCAAUGAAAUAUGGAUUCGCAGGGCCCAACCAUGCCGCUACCACGGCUUGCACCACCGGAGCUCACUCAAUCGGCGACGCAUCCCGUUUCAUCGCUUGUGGAGACGCAGAUGUAAUGAUAGCAGGGGGGGCUGAGUCGUGUAUCCACCCAUUAGUCCUGGGUGGGUUUUCCAGGUGUCGUAGCCUAGCUACGUCAUUCAAUGAUUCACCAGAGAAGGCUUCAAGGCCAUUUGAUAGGGACCGUGAGGGGUUUAUCGUGGGAGAGGGUGCAGCAGUUGUGGUCCUGGAGGAACUCGAGCAUGCUAAAUCCCGCGGUGCGAAGAUCUAUGCUGAACUGAAGGGCUAUGGGUGUUCUGGCGAUGCGUACCAUAUGACGGCGCCCAAAGAGAGCGGAGAGGGCGCGUUAUUAGCUAUGAAAAGGGCGCUGAGGAAUGCCCAGAUCUCUCCGGGAACGGUUGAUUACAUCAAUGCACACGGGACGUCGACAGUAAUUGGAGAUGCAGCGGAGAACUUUGCGAUCAAAACGCUCCUGCUAGGAAGUGAGGGAAAACAGAAAACCGCCGAUAUCAAUGUCAGCAGCACGAAGGGUGCGAUAGGCCAUUUGCUGGGCGGGGCCGGGGCUAUUGAAGCUGUCUUUUCCAUUUUAGCGAUCCACGAGAAUGUUUUACCACCGACGAUAAACCUGGACAACACGACGGAGGAAUUUGACUGCAACUACGUGCCUAAUGUAGCGCAGGGGAGACGGGUCAAUGUGGCCAUGACGAACAGCUUUGGAUACCCGAUUGGCUUGUCCAUGACCGAACAGUGCAAUGAUCAAAUGUAA